AUGUCCCAAGUCCAGCAAUACUGGCUACCGGGAUAUGGUCUCUCCCGACAUAUCGUCCUUGGACAUAUCCAGUAUUUCCUGGGUCCGUCCGCUUCCGUCAGGCCGGACGCGACGGAUAUCUCAUUGUGGGCGUACCUCUCACACGGGUCUCUGCCCCUUCACCUGGCGUGGACUGAUAUCCUGAGUCGUCGACAUCUCUUGCUGACGCUCAUUUGCGCACAGGAGCAAAUCGACGACCUUGCGGUGAUGUCCCGGGAGUACGAACGGCAAGAGUCUCUUCGCAUGGCUGGCGAUUCUAUUGUCGAUCACUCCAGCAGACAAUUCGAGCCUUAUAUCAACGAAAUUGUGCCCGUGCGAAACCCAGGUCCUCGACGACGUGCUAUGGAACCUGAACCUCGACGAUCCCGAUGA